CGAAUACAUUCAUGGAAUAGCAGAGAUUUUAGAUUUCCUAUCCCCAAAUGUAAAGUAUGUUUGAUACACCAAAUUUAUAAUCAGGUUAAUCAUCUGAAAUUUUACAUUAACUUGGGUAAAUAAGUUAAUCUAUAAAAGGGAUGUUGAAUAAAUAAUGAAUAAAUUAGAAACUGAUUCCAAAAAUGGAAUAACAGAUAUUGAGGGAAGAUAAGAACAAUUUGGAAGUAAUCGAUUAGAACCUCCAAAAUUGUCUCCAUUCUAUAUGUGCAUGUAUAAAUAAACAAAAGACUUUUGCAUUCGUAUUUUGGCUUUUGCUACAAUCAUAAUGUUUAUGAUGGCAUUCUUCUCUGAAGAACCAUUUGAAUAAAUAGUUUAAGCAUUUUCAAUAUUGAUUGCUAUUUGUGCAGUUGUUAUAAUAGGAGCAAUGACAGACUAUAGAAAAGAAAAAUAAUUUAGAUAAUUAUAUUUAGAAUAAGAAGAAUAACAAAAAAAAAUAUUUUAAGUAGUUCGAAAUGGGAAUGUGAGUUAGAUGAAUCAUCUAGAUUUAUUAGUAGGAGAUAUUAUUACAAUAAAACCAGGUGAUAAUAUCACAAUAGAUGGAAUAUUACUUGAAGGUACAGAAACAGUGGAAGUAGAUGAAAGUAUGAUUUCAGGUUUAACAGAUACUAUAUCAAAAUAACCUAGAUCUAAAGGAUAAAACUGUUUUAUACGUGGUGGCAGUAAUAUUUUUGAAGGCACAGCUAAAGCAAUAGUUUUAGCAGUUGGUUCAUCAACUUAUUCAAAUAGAAUGAAACAUGAUAAUUAAUAAAAAGAAGAAGGAGAAGAAGAAUUAGUACAUGAUGAAAGAUCUCCAUUGGCUAAAGCACUAGAAACUUUAGCUAAAUUUUUAGUGUUUAUUGGAUGCAUGAGUGCGUUAGCCAUGUUUAUAGUCUUAGAAUUAUAUAUGGUUAGAGAAUUGAAUGAAUUAUAACAAAAGAUUUUCUCAUAAUUUGCACUUAAGAAAGUAUUAACAGAUUUUAUAGAUGCCUUUUUAAUUAUAGUAUUAUCUAUUCCUGAAGGAUUACCUCUAAUCGUUACUUUAUCUUUGGCAUUCUCUAUUGCUAAAUUAAGAUAACAUGAUAUUGUUAUUAGAAAUUUACAUGUAUGUUAAGUCUUAGGUGGAGUUGAUACAUUAUGUUUUGAUAAGACAGGAACAUUAACCUAUAAUAAUCUAAAAGUAAGUAAUCUACAUAUUGCCAAUGAAGAAAGAAUUCAUAAUAUUCCACCUUAAGAUCCUAUCUUUAGAAUGAUCUCAGAAGCUAUACUUACAACUAAUUCAGCCUUUCUACCAGAUGAAAUUCCUAAAUAAUAAUAAUAUAAUGAAUAAUUAGAUCUUAAUAUUAAUCAAAAUAAUAAAAAAUCACAAAAUGCCAAAUAGUAAUAAUCUGUUCAGGAUAUCAAUAAAAAAAGUGAUUGGAGUGGAAAUAGAUUAGAUGUUGCUCUAAUUGAUUACUUAGAAGUCAAACUAACAAGAGAUUUUGUUAAAGAGUAUAUGCAAGACCUUAAAAGUAAAAUUAGGAAGACUAUUCCUAUUAAUAAUUAUGGUUUUCAUGUUGAAAUCCUUCAUAUUAGAGGUGAUAAAUAUAGAAUCAUUUUAAAAGGAAAGGCAAAAGAAAUUAUUGAAAAAUCUAAUCAACUUAAUAUAUCAAUACCAGACAAUUAAAACUUUUAAGUUUAUGAACCAGGAAAUUUUACUAUUUAAUAUUGUUGUAAUUCAAAUAUGAUAACUGAAUCUGUACAAAUUGAAAAAACAGCAGUAUUAAAUUAUAAUUCUUAAUCAUUAAAAACUAUUUCAUUCGCUUAUAAAGAUGUAGAGAUACAAAAUCUUAUUGAAUAAGAUUGGAAUAAUUUGCUUAGGGAAAACAAUUUUAUUUAUAUUGGUACUGUAGCAAUGAGAGAUGAUAUUAGAUAGGAAGCAAAAAGAUUAGAUAGUGCUUUAAAGAUGGGCAAUAUGAGUGUGAUGAUUUUAACAGGGGAUACAAGAGUAAAUACUGUGAAUGUAGCUAAAUAAUUAGGUUGGGUUAGUUGUGAUUAAGCUGAUGCUGAAAUUCAAAGAACUAGUGAACAUUUACCAAAAUCAUCUUAAUUAAUGAAUCAUUAACAAGAGAUUAUAAUAGAACCUACUGGUAUUGAAGAAUCAAAGAGUGGAUAAAUAGUUUCAUAAAUAAUGGAAUGUCCAUAAGAUGAUAUUCAACCUUUAUUAAAGGAUGAUUAUGAAGGUUAAUAUUUAAAAUAAGGAUCAUUUAACAAUCUUCUGAUUUUAAACUUUUAAGAGUAUGUUAUAAGGAUUAGAAAAAUAUUGAAAGAAUCAAAGAUUUUUUAUACUCAUAAAGAAAUAAAUGAGAAAAACAUAGUAUCAAAAAUACCAGAGAUUUUAGAUGAUAAUUUAGCAAGUGAAGUAUUUUAUUAUAAAUAUAAUAUUUAGAAAGUUUAAAAAAUGAAUAAUUAAUUAUAGAUUUUAGCAGACUUGAAUUAACACUAGAAACAUUAAUUUUUAGAAGUAUAUUCUAGUAUUAAUGAAUCUACAAUUGGAUAUGUAGGAGAUGGUAAUAAUGAUGCAAUAGCAUUAUAAACUGCUUCAGUUGGUAUUACUUUGGGUAAAACUGCUACAAAUAUAGCAAGAGAAUGUAGUGGUAUAAUUUUAAUGAAUGAUAAAUUGGAUGGUAUAGAAUUAUGUAUGAAAUAUGGCAGAAAUAUCUUUUUAAACAUCAAAAGAUUUAUCUAUUUCUAAUUGAGUUUCUUUUUAAAUUCAAUAGCUAUCAUGUUAACUUCUUCUAUUGUAUUAAAAUAAUAACCAUACACAGUAUUAUAAGUUAUUUGGUUAAGUUUGUAAGAUUAUAUUUAUUAAUCUUUUAGAGUAUAAGAUAUCUUCUCAGCAGUUGCUUUGAGUACCGAAGUUCCUUAAGAUGAUAUUUUAAAAAGAACUAAACCAGCUAAAAGAGGAGAAAAUAUCAUUGAUAAAUUCUUACUUUAAAUGACUUGCACUUAAGCAGUUUUCUAAUAUUUAGCUACUCUUUUUGUUUUAUUUUUAACCCCAACUAUUUUUGGAAUUGAGUAAUUAUUAUUAUUAUAAUUCAAUAGACCUUCUUAUAAACAUGAUUUACAUGGUUUAGGAGCAGAAUUUAUACCAGAAUUUGCUAUUCAUUAUACUUUGGUUUAUCAUUUGACUGCUAUGUUUUAAAUUGUUAAUUUGAUAUGUAGUAGAAGAAUAGGAUAACAUGAAUACAAUGUAUUUGAUGGAAUUCAUAAAAAUAAACCAUUCACAAUAAUGAUAAUAGGUUUACUUAUAAUCUAAUAAGUGAUCAUUUAUGCUGGAGGUAAGUAUUUCAAAACUGCUCAAUUAACUAUUUGGUAAAACUUAUUCUGUCUUUGCUUAUCAUUUGGAGCCUUGCUUGUAUUUUGGUUGUCUAAAUAUUAUUAUUCAACUAAGAAAUGAAGUAAUCAAU